CUAAUAAGGACACGAAAAAAUGAAUUCCUCAUCUCGCCAUUACCUCAGCUCCUGGCCCAGGAACACAACUACAGCUCACCUGCAGGCCACCAUCCUCACGUGCUGUACAAGAGGACAGCGGAGGAGAAGGUCCAGCGUUGCCAUGACUUCCCGGGCUCCAGCCAGAACCAUGCUGUCCGCCCUCCAACUCACACUCCCCACACAUCUUGGAGUCCAGAAAGAGAGCAUCACCACCGAAGGUUGCAAAAGCAGCAUUUUUGUGGACGACGCAAGAAAUGUAUAUGCCCCUAAGCCUCCCACAGAGGACACCUAUCUCAGGUUUGAUGAAUACGGGAGCGCAGGGCGGCCCAGAAGAUCAGCUGGAAAAUCACAAAAAGGCCUAAACGUGGAAACCCUUGUGGUAGCAGACAAGAAAAUGGUGGAAAAACACGGCAAGGCCAACGUCACCACGUACAUUCUCACAGUCAUGAACAUGGUUUCCAGCCUAUAUAAAGACGGGACCAUUGGAAGUGAUAUAAACAUUGUUGUGGUGAGCCUCAUUCUUCUGGAACAAGAACCUAGAGGAUUACUGAUCAACCAUCACGCCGACCAGUCUCUGAAUAGCUUUUGUCAGUGGCAGUCUGCCCUCAUUGGAAAGAAUGGCAAGAGGCAUGACCACGCCAUCUUACUCACGGGAUUUGAUAUUUGUUCCUGGAAGAAUGAACCAUGUGAUACUCUAGGGUUUGCCCCCAUCAGUGGAAUGUGCAGUAAGUACCGAAGCUGUACCAUCAACGAGGACACGGGGCUCGGUCUGGCCUUCACCAUUGCUCAUGAGUCAGGGCACAAUUUCGGCAUGAUUCAUGAUGGAGAAGGCAAUGCCUGCAGGAAGGCUGAAGGCAAUAUCAUGUCUCCUACACUGACGGGAAACAAUGGGGUGUUUUCCUGGUCUUCGUGCAGCCGGCAGUAUCUCAAGAAAUUCCUGAGUACACCUCAGGCCGGCUGUCUGGUGGAUGAGCCCAAGCAAACAGGGCAGUAUAAAUAUCCGGACAAACUACCGGGCCAGAUUUAUGAUGCUGACACACAGUGCAAGUGGCAAUUUGGAGCAAAAGCCAAGUUAUGCAGCCUUGGUUUUGUGAAGGACAUUUGCAAAUCACUUUGGUGCCACCGAGUGGGCCACAGGUGUGAGACCAAGUUCAUGCCCGCAGCGGAAGGGACCGUUUGUGGCUUGAGUAUGUGGUGUCGGCAAGGCCAGUGUGUCAAGUUUGGGGAGCAUGGGCCGCGGCCCAUCCAUGGCCAGUGGUCCGCCUGGUCCAAGUGGUCAGAGUGUUCUCGAACGUGCGGUGGAGGUGUCAGGUACCAAGAGAGACACUGCAAUAACCCCAAACCUCAGUAUGGUGGCAAGUUCUGUCCUGGUUCUAGCCGUGUAUAUCAGCUGUGCAAUAUUAACCCUUGUAACGAAAAUAGCUUGGAUUUUCGAGCCCAGCAGUGUGCAGAAUAUAACAGCAAACCUUUCCGUGGAUGGUUCUACCAGUGGAAACCCUAUACAAAAGUGGAAGAGGAAGAUCGAUGCAAACUGUACUGCAAGGCUGAGAACUUUGAGUUCUUUUUUGCCAUGUCCAGCAAGGUGAAAGACGGAACUCCGUGCUCCCCCAGCAAAAAUGAUGUUUGUAUUGAUGGGAUUUGUGAACCAGUGGGAUGUGAUCAUGAACUUGGCUCUAAAGCAGUUGCGGAUGCAUGUGGUGUUUGCAAAGGUGAUAAUUCAACUUGCAAGUUUUAUAAAGGCCUGUACCUCAACCAGCAUAAAGCAAACGAAUAUUAUCCGGUUGUCACCAUCCCAGCGGGUGCUCGCAGCAUCGAAGUCCAGGAACUGCAGCUGUCCUCCAGUUACCUCGCCGUCCGAAGCCUCGGGCAAAAGUAUUACCUCACGGGGGGCUGGAGCAUUGACUGGCCAGGGGAGUUCGCCUUCGCAGGGACCGUGUUUGAGUACCAGCGCGCCUUCAACCGCCCCGAACGCCUGUCCGCGCCGGGACCCACCAAUGAGACGCUGGUCUUUGAAAUUCUGAUGCAAGGCAAAAAUCCGGGGAUAGCUUGGAAGUAUGCACUUCCCAAGGUCACAAACGGAACUCAGCCAGCCUCAAAAAGACACAUCCACGCCUGGAGCACAGUGCAGUCAGAUUGCUCCGUCUCCUGUGGUGGAGGUUACAUAAGUGUCAAGGCCAUUUGUUUACGAGAUCAGAACACUCAAGUCAAUUCCUCAUUCUGCAAUGCAAGAGCCAAGCCAGCAGCUGAACCCAAAAUAUGCAAUGCUUUCUCCUGCCCUGCCUACUGGAAGCCAGGCGAGUGGACGGUGUGCAGCAGGUCCUGUGCGGGGGGCCAGCAGAGCCGGAAGAUCCAGUGUGUCCAGAAGAAGCCCUUCCAAAAGGAGGAAGCCGUGUUACAUUCUCUCUGCCCGGUGAGCACACCCACUCAGGUUCAAGUCUGCAACAACCACGCCUGCCCUCCAGAAUGGAGCCUUGGGCCCUGGUCUCAGUGCUCUAAAACCUGUGGGCGAGGGGUGAGGAAACGUGACGUCCUGUGUAAAAGCACUGCCGCAGCAGAGGGCGUCCCGGAGAGCCUGUGCGCCAGCACCCCGAGACCAGAAUCGCAGGAGGGCUGCGUCCUGGGGCGAUGCCCCAAGAACAGCCGGCUCCAGUGGGUCGUCUCCUCGUGGAGUGAGUGCUCCUCGACCUGUGGUUUGGGCAUGAGGAAGAGGGAAAUGAAAUGCAGCGAGAAGGCCUUCCAGGGCAAGCUGAUAACUUUUCCUGAGCGAAGGUGCCGCAACAUUAAGAAACCAAACCUGGACUUGGAAGAGACCUGCAACCGAGGGGCGUGUCCAGCCCGACCCACGUACAAUAUGGCGGCCGGGUGGUAUUCGUCGCCAUGGCAACAGUGCACGGUGACCUGUGGAGGAGGUGUCCAGACCCGAUCAGUCCACUGUGUUCAGCAGGGCCGACCUUCCUCAAGUUGUUUGCUCCGUCAGAAACCUCCAGUGCUCCGGGCCUGUAACACAAACUUUUGUCCAGCUCCUGAAAAGAGAGAGGACCCAUCCUGUGUAGAUUUCUUUGGCUGGUGUCAUCUCGUUCCUCAGCACGGUGUCUGCAACCACAAAUUUUACGGUAAACAGUGCUGCAAGUCAUGCACGAGGAAGAGCUGAUGUUGGUGCCCUUGUAGCCCCAAAGGGCCGGGGUCUUACCUCUCAU